CAUUAAGUCUCAAAUAUCCCGCUGUAGGCCUGCUCUUCACAGGAAGUCUCAGAUCAGCCAUUCUUGAUAUAUCUCACACCCGAGCUUGACCACGGGUUCCUACAGCCAAACAUCAAAGGCAUUGGACAGUCCCUCCAGGGUACCAGAAGUUUAUCAUGGCUUCUGCCCCUCUAGACAUUGAGCUUAACAGCGUUGCUAUCCCCACUGAAGCACCCGCUUCUAGCGCAGUCAUGGAGCCUUCACACGUUGCUAUCAACAUGGAAAUUGAACAAACUCCAUUACCGCCAACCGAUACUGGAAAGGCUGCCUGGCUUGUCCUCGCCGGUUGUUCUUUGAUCCAACUUCCCGUUUGGGGUUUCCCUAUCUCUUUCGGGGUGUUUCAAGAGUACUACUCGAGUCACCCCGAAGAGCUUGACGGUGACACAUCAAACGUUGCUGCUAUCGGCACUACCGUUACUGGCAUUAUGUACCUGUCGUCUCCCUUUACGUUCGCGAUACUCACGCGAUGGCCGCGUUUACGCAGAUGGUUCGGCCCCAUUGGGCUGGUCAUGACGGCUUGUGGAUUCCUCAUUUCGUCGUUUGCGACCGAAGUGUGGCAAUUGAUCGCUACACAGGGUGUUAUAUGUGCACUAGGCAGUGGCCUGUUGUUCACCCCAACUACGCUGUAUCUAGAUGAAUGGUUCAUUCGGCGUAAAGGUCUUGCGUAUGGAGUGAUGUGGGCAGGCAAAUCGAUAACGGGCGUUGGUCUCCCGUUCGCCAUGGAAGCUAGUCUCCAUCGAUUUGGCCCACGCCCGACACUUCAGGCAUGGACUGUGGCCACAGUUCUCCUCUCCGCACCGCUGUUGUACUUCCUUCGCCCCAGAAUCCCCCUCUCGCAGUCGGCGGCGGUGCGACGCAUAGACAUGAAUUUCUUCCGUCUACCGGCUUUUUGGAUGCUGCAAAUCGGAAAUAUCCUGCAGAGCCUGGGAUACUUCCUACCGUAUGCAUAUCUUUCUUCAUAUGCGGUCCAAGAAAUAAGAACGUCCACUACGAUUAGUACAAUGCUACUGGCUUUGAUUAACGUGACGUCAAUACCAGGGGGUAUCGUGAUUGGGGGUCUGGGGGAUCAUUUCCGCGUCACAACCGUCAUCCUUAUAUCCAGCAUUGGCUCGACGUUAGCAGUGCUCUGUUUCUGGGGCUUCUCCUCCCAUGUGGCGCUAUUGGCUAUUUUCUCCAUCACAUACGGCUUCUUUGCUGGAGGAUUCAGUUCUACUUGGAGCGGUGUCCUGACCGAACUGAAAGCGCAGUCUCCGGCUCUGGACACGGGCUUCAUUUUUGGGCUGCUUGCUGGUGGAAGGGGGAUUGGGAAUGUGAUUAGUGGGCCGCUAAGUGUGGCUUUAUUUACACAUGAUGGCUGGUUGGGAAGCGGGAAAAAUUGGGGGUAUAGUAGUGAGUAUGGUCCGAUUAUUCUUUUCACUGGGACCACGGCUUUUCUUGGAGGUUGGGGAUGGCUCGGGACACUGUGUUAUUAAGAUAUCUCAUUUCUUUCUAAGGGCUACACUGUAAAGGAAAGAUGAGAAUUGAGGAAGUGGAUGAGAGCUAGAAUGUUUGC